CACCACUUGGAGAAAAACUCCAUUCAUUUUAACCUUAGAACGAUCAGCCGCUGUUCUUUUGAAAAGGGUGCUCCCGCAUUCCAGUGUCAUUUUACACUAAUUUUCCCCCACACUAUUUAGCCCUGCUCUACAACUUCUUACACUUCCCCCAUCGUAAUGCAUUUCUGGUGAUAGAAUGUUAAUUAACAUUAAAACGCUGUAGGAGGACAUUUUUCUGUCAGCACAAACAUCAAAAACAAAUGUCUGCUAUUUCAGCAGAGGAACUUCCAUUCAUCAAAAGCAAUGAGAAGAGCAAAGCAUGUUACUGAAGCUGAGCUGUGUUAUUCUACUCAUCAUCCAGAGGGAUACAGAAAGUACACGGGUCAUUGGUGAAUGCAGGAAUGUGGUACUGGGGGAGGAUGUGGACUUAUUCUGCAGACUGGUAGAGACAACUGAGGACCUCGAACAGAUAACAUGGCAGAAAAGUACUUUGGAAGAAACACAGAAACUUCAUUGGCUGCUGAUCUAUCGCAAUGGGGUUAUUGCACCGAAUGGAUUGAGUGGUAGAGUCCAGUUUAUUGGGAACCCAUCAGAAAAUCUUGGAUCUAUUCGAAUAACUGCUGUCAGACUGUUGGAUGAAGGCACCUUCACAUGUAUCUUCAGUGUUUUCCCCAGUGGAACAUACACUACAGAGAUACGUCUGACUGUGCUUGUUCCUCCAGUGGUGAGUGUGACAGUCGAUGUCCCUCCUGUUGUUGGGGAGAAAGAGGUUAUCCUGGUAACCUGUGUGGCUGCUGGUGCCAAGCCACAGGCAGAUGUGAAGUGGAAGACAGGGACAUUGGGCAGUUUGUUGAAGACAGUGACUAACUCCACCCAGCACGCCAACGGAACCACCACAGUACUCAGCCACCUGCUCGGGGUACCAACCAGAGCAGCCAAUCAGCAGCAGGUCCAGUGUGUGGUCAACCAGUCUGCCCUGGCAACAGAAAAUAGCUUCAACUACACCAUAGACAUCCACUAUCCACCUCAGACAGUGAACAUUACUCUUAGUGAGACCUCUCAACCCUCAGCCCUAUGUGUAGCAGAUGGUAACCCACAACCCAACUACACCUGGAGCAGAGAGGGCCAGCCAUGGCCUGGCUCUUCAGUGAGAGCAGAGGGAGGCACACUCAUUCUCCUCAGACUCAGCUCUGAGCUGAAUGGUCUCUAUGUCUGUGAGGCCUCCAACCCCUAUGGACGAGCAACUGGCUCCCUCUAUGUAAACACUUCCUCUGAGACCUCCGCUGCCACGUUCUGCUCGUUGUCAUUCUAUGUCUGUUGCUGCUGCUCCUGCACUUUUAUGAGUUCACCACUUGCAGGCUACAUCACAGCUCGAAGAAACCGCCGGACAGUCUGAGGUGACAGAAGUCAUUGUGAAAGGCUAGGAGAGGUUAGCAGCUUAAAGCACCUGAUCAUUUUUCUAAAUGGAGUGGCUGCCCGAACUGUGUUUGUCUCUCCCCAGGACACCUUUUCCAUUUUCUAAAAAGUCCUGACGUUCUGUGCAUGUGUUAAUUUACGCAAUAAAAGCAGGUCGAACACAGGUCGCGCAGCCUCUACCUUUUCUUAAACAAGUCACCAUUGUCUCCUCUCUUCACCUCUCCUCUCUUCACGUACCUCUCCUCUCUUCACGUACCUCUACUCUCUUCACGUACCUCUACUCUCUUCACGCACCUCUACUCUCUUCACGUACCUCUCCUCUCUUUACCUCGCCUCUCUUCAUGUACCUCUACUU